UCCAGAUACUUUCUCUCUCUCUCUCUAAACCUUCAUAAAUCUCCAGAUACUCUCUCUCUCUCUCUCUCUCUCUGCUGCAAAUCACUUACUCGGACACACAUCUCUAACUUUUCUCUCUAUAAAUUCUUUGCAAACCAUCACAAGCAAGGAAGAAUGGUACCAUGAUCAUCAGGCGAUGGUGGUCCCUGCACAGGCAACCAUGGCUUCCUUUUUCACACUCAUCAUCGACAUUUACCACCAUUUCCACCGCAGAGAGCAGCUCGGUUGAAGACGCAGAGAAAUACUGGUUAGAGUUGAUGAACCAUUGCUUCAAACCCAACUUCGAGAGAUCCCUCUGCAAAAUUAGGGCAAAACUCGCUCCCUCUUGUGUUGUAGCUGUCCUAAAAAAAUGUUCCUCUUCUUCGUUACCAGAGAGCCAUGGAAGAGCUCUAGGGUUGAGGUUCUUUGUAUGGGCAGGCCAGCAAAAGGGUUACAGGCACCCGCCCUCCAUUUACAAGAACGCCUGUAAGCUCCUCGCCAUUGCUGAGAAACCAGAGAUUUUGGCCAAGACCCUCGAUGAUUACAAGAAAGAAGAGGGCGUUCUGGUCACUGCUCGUUCCUUUUGGGUUCUUCUCGCUCUGUGCAAAGAGGCUGAAUUGCUUGAACCAGCUAUUGGUCUUCUUAGAAGAAUGGAGGAUUUCCAUUGCAGGCCUGAUAUUGCUUCCUACAACAUCGUUCUCCAUCUUUUACUGAGAGGAGAGAGAGAGAAAGGAGGAGAGAGAAAGUUUGGAGGGGAGAGCGAGGUUGGAAUUGAGAGAGAAGUGGGUAGAGAGAGAAAACUUGGAGGGGUGAGAGAGACCUUUAAUUGCAAAGUUGAGGAGGCCAAGGCCAUGGUUAGAGAGAUGUUAGAGCUUGGUCUCAUUCCUGAUGCGAUCACGUAUACCAUUCUGAUAAAGGGGUUUUGCAAAUCGAAUAGGUUCGAAGAAGCUCGACAGCUUCUUGUUGAUAUGCAGGGCCGUGGUUGCCCCUCAACUGUUUGUAUCUAUUCAACCAUUAUAGAUGCCUUUUGUAAAGCUGGUAAAAUUGAAUUGGCAAUGGAGAUUUUCAGAGAGAUGGAAGAGAGAGAAAAUGGGUGCACCCCAAAUGUGGUAACUUACACCUCUCUCAUCCAAAGCUUUUGUGAAAAUGGAAGAACUCAAGAAGCUCUUUCUCUCCUCAACACAAUGGUGGACAAUGGGUGCAUGCCAAAUCGAGUAACACUGAGCACCAUUGUUGCAGGCCUGUGUAAAAAAGGGCGCAUGGAUGAAGCCUAUAAAGCUUUUGAUGGAUUGGUUCAAAGGGGUUGUUUCUUAGGAAGAGAAAAGUGGUUUUACAGUUCCCUCUUUCUCUCUCUGCUGAGAACAAAAAACACAGUCGAUGCUGAGAAACUGAUGAAGAAAAUGUUGGGUGGUGUGAUUGUGCUUGAUGAAUUGGCUUGCAGCUCUUGGAUUAGGUGGCUUUGUGACGAGAAGAGCUACUUGGAGGGUUUAGUUUGGUGUCUUGAAUUGGAAAAACAGUCUUGCUCAUUAGAUUCAGAUAUUUUUUCUUUACUCCUUGUUGGCCUAUGUGAACAGAGCCAUUUCAAAGAAGCAGGUAACUUGGUUAGAGUGAUGGUGGGCAAGAGAUUUAUACCUAGAGAUCUCCAUGUUGAUCUUGUUGUUAAAGGAUUGAAGGAGAAAGGUGAUGAAAGUGGGCUCAUUGAGGAUCUCAUGAACCUGAAAACUAAUUAGGCCUUUGAAAGUAUAUGGCCAGGUUAAAGGGAUUUGCCAUUAAGAUUGAAAGUAACUAUUAGGCAUUUGAAAAGUAGAAAGUGUUUACAAUGAGACCAUUUAUUUUUUAUAUAAGGGGGUCAUAAUUAGAGUUAAACCCUUAGAUUUGAAUUCGGGUGGUUGAUGAUGUGUCAUUAUUUAAGCACAACGUUCAAAAUAAAUUUCUCGAAUGUUGCAACAACUUUAUCUAGUGGAUUUUACA